UUUUUUUCUUUCUUUCUUUUUCAUUCUUUUGGCCUGCGUAUUUUGAUGGCAACCGUUGUCAUGAUUUCCAAGUAGGAAGUCGGCAUUGCUAUACUAACCACAGAAUAAUGACUUGAUGUUUUGUAGAAAUGGAGUUGAAAGCGAAAUGUUAUCAUUGUGUAACUAUGCUAAACACAUGGCAACAUUUGUACUUUUUUUUUUUAUACCGAUUCGGUUUGAUUUUAAAAAACUAAACUUGUAUAUCUUUUUAACCUAUUCUUUUGUUUUUGAAUUUUGUAUUCAACAGCAAGACAAUGAUUCCAAUACUAUGGUUGAUGAUUGUCAACCUAAUAAAAAAAAGAGUUCAGAAGGCGAUUAACUUGCCAAGGAAGUUGUUCAGAUAAACAGUAAUACCAGCAAUAAACGAGGAACUAGCAAUACAAAUUCAGAAGUUAUGCAAACCAUACAAUAUCUUUAGGGUGUAAGUCAACCAUACCACAAGAUGUUCCGUUGGAUACAGCAAAUAUCAAAAAGCUGACAAUCAAUGCAAGAUGAUACAAUCAUCAAUUAACAACAUAUUAAAUGUUCAACAUACUCAGCACUAGUGGCUCUAUACUAAUGACUCUGGAUUCUCAAAGUACAUAAAAAUAAAGUCCAAAGCAUCAAUCAAUUCUUAUUUCUUUGAUAAGGCUUUAUAUUGA